AUGAUUCAUUUCACACCAAAGUUUUACCUGAUUGGUAGAGUCACGCACACCGGUACACAACGUGACGGUACACCUUUCUCGCAGGUAUGGAAAACAAUAGACUCUCUUGGGUCAGGAACAUACGGGGACGUAGUCCUCCAGGAACUACAAGGCAGCCCAGGAGGCGGAUGCCUCCAUGCAGUCAAGUCGAUUACCAAAAAGGCUCACAAGAAUAACAAAAAGAUCCUGACGAAUGAGUUGAAGGCACUGAUCGCCGUGAAGAAGCACCCGACCAAGGUUGUCACUUUCCACGGAUGGUACCAGGACUCUCAGCAGACCAUGUUCAUCGCCAUGGAAUAUGUCUCUGGUGGCAGUCUGGAAAGGUACAUGAGAAAGCUAAAGAGAGUUGAGAACAUCCUCAUCUCGUCCACCUCUCCACUACUUGUCAAGAUUUGCGACUUCGGCAUUGCAAAGUCAGCGGACAUCGAUGCCAGUGGCUUGAAGACCUAA